AAGAUGCAACGUAUAAAUAUUAAGUUUCACGAAAGCUAAGCGUUAGUUCGGCUUUCGUACUCUCCAGUUAUAAGUCGAGAGUUUUUCGUUGUACUACGACAAACGUUGUAAGUGCAAUUUUUAUUGCGAGUGAAAAAGUGAAAAUAGUGAAAAUGUUGCGCGACGAUAUUGUUAAAUUUUUUAUCGUGGCGUGUAAUUUUAAUAAUAAAAUAGUGAAGGGUCACUAUUUUAAGAAGAUAGCGCGUGACAAUGACGCGUCGAACUACGCAUUGUUCGACAAGUUCGCUAAGGAGUGCUCCAGCACAUUGCUAUGUGUUAUGCACAGGCUGGGGCACUGUAAUGGCAACGUGACGUUGGAAAAUAUAAUUCGACGUCACGUUGAAACGCGACAACAGAAUAAAGCGUUUUUUGAAAAUGAUGCGGGGGGUCAUAUAGCUGACUUCUUGCGUCAAAGAGAAGUUGUAAGACACGUAGCCAGGGUUGAGCCGCUACCGCCUCGUCGUGCGGCGCCUCUUGAGCGAAACUACGGGGCGAGACGACGACGCGCAGAAGAGGAGCUUCAAGGUGCCGUAGCAGCCCGAAGACCACGAAUUGAAAUCGCGGACUUAGUUGCGGAGCCAUCAUCUCCUCGAUACACCCCCGUCGGUGAAUCAUCAGAUGACGACGACGAUACUCGAGGUAAUUUUGACAGAGUUCCAUCCUCAGCCGAUGAGGCUAUAUUUACUCCAGAUAAGUUUUAAAAAAUAGACUUGGAG